UCAAACUUAAAGUUGCCACCUCGAAGGGAAUCGAUAUGUCCAGCCGGGAAGGUCUGCUUUUAGCCAGAGCACCUUUCCCUUCUUGGUAUCCCGAUCAUCCCAAGGAGCAUGAGCUCGCCACACCGGGUAUGUAAGUGGAAGACAAAUCGGGAUCGGGGUGCAGGUGCCCCUCUCCCAUGCAACCAUGGACAUGGGUACACCUCCGGCAAGUGUACCAUUGGCGUCUCUCAUAGGCCUGGGAGGUCAUGGAGGGUAAUGGGGCACUACGUCUCGGUCCAGAUCACUUCGUGUUCAUAUGGUCGAUCAACUCCGACUCUCUCACAUCCCUUGACUCCGCGUUCGGCAACGAGCUAGCCUUGUUCCUCACAGUUGGGUCAGUCGCAGAUCUAACCAAAACCGCCUGUCCAAAAUGUCGAAUCGGCAUCUCUUCUCCUCCCUGGAGGGGCUCGUGCCCAAGGCGCUCCGCGGCAUCGUCGCCAGCAACCCGCGCCUUAACCUCGACGAGACCAACAGGGUUGUCUUCGACCCGGAAUCACCGCGGAACAUUGUCAGCAUUAUCAGCGGGGGUGGCUCAGGCCACGAACCCGCGUGGGCCGGCUACGUGGGCACCAAUAUGCUUGCUGCGGCGGUUCAAGGUGACGUUUUUGCGUCGCCGAGCACCAAACAGAUCCUGGCAGCCAUCGACGCUGUCCCUUCGGACAAAGGCACGCUGCUAGUCAUCACCAACUACACCGGCGACUGCCUCCACUUCGGCCUGGCUGCGGAAAAAACAAAGGCAAAGGGAAAGGCAUGUCGCAUGCUCACGUGCGGUGACGAUGUGUCGAUCGGGAAAAAAGGAGGCUCGCUCGUGGGCCGGCGUGGGCUUGCCGGACAGAUCGGCGUGCUCAAAGUCCUCGGCGCGGCAGCCGCGGAGGGCGCUUCAUUAGAUGAACUCUACGACCUGGGCACCGCUCUCAACGGACAAAUGGUCAGCAUAGCCGCCACGCUGGACCACUGUCAUGUUCCUGGCCGGACUGAGCACGGCGCGCUGGCUGAGAACGAGGUGGAAAUCGGCACCGGUCCGCACAACGAGCCUGGAUACAGAAAACUGUCACCGGCGCCUUCGGCAGAAGGCCUGGUGAAGGAGAUCCUGACGUACUGCCUGGAUGAGGGGGACCCCGAAAGAGGCUAUGUGAAAUUCCAGCCCGGAGACGAGACGGUAUUGCUCGUCAGCAACUUUGGUGGAAUGUCGAACCUUGAGCUCGGCGGCCUGGUCGACGAGCUUCUCAAACAGCUAUCGAGAGACUGGAACAUGGAACCCGUUCGAGUGUAUGCGGGAUGCUUGGAGACAUCCCUCAACGCACCGGCAUUUUCCGUCACAGUCAUCAACAUUUCAGGGGUCGCGGCCAGUAGCUCGUAUUCGCUGGAUCAAAUCAAGGCUUUCCUCGAUACCAGGACAGAUACUGCGUGGGAAGCAGUUGCCGGAUCGCAGAAUCACGUGCACCGGCGAAGGCGAGCAGAUCAGCUCGCUCUCCCACCUGUUGAGGUGAAGAAGAGGGUGGACGAUACAAGGGAUCUCAAAAUCGACCCAGAACUACUCGAGAAGAUGCUCCGCGGUGCCUGUGAGGCAUUGAUUUCGGCCGAGCCAGAUCUGACGAAGUGGGACACUGUCAUGGGAGACGGCGACUGCGGCCUCACGCUGAAGACGGGGGCAAAUGCCCUGUUAUCCGCGAUAGACUCAAAGCAGAUCACUGCCAGGGGGUCAGUAGUCGAGGUGCUGACCGAACUGGAGGACAUUGUCGAGAGCAAGAUGGGCGGAACGCUGGGCGGUAUUCUGGGCAUUUUCUUUGUUUCGCUGCGGACGGCGGUCGAGGAGAACAGCGAUCUGGCCAAGACCGAAGGCCCAGUCGCGGUGUGGUCAAAGUCAUUGGCAACUGCGUUGCACCACUUGGAGCAGUACACUCCAGCCAAAGUCGGCGACCGCACCGUGAUGGACACGCUGAUCCCGUUUGCCGAAACGAUGCAAGCCAGGCAGAGCUUCGAAGAUAGCGUUUCUGCUGCGGUGAAGGGAUCUGAGGCAACCAAGAAGCUGAAACCGAGAUUGGGAAGGGCCACCUAUGUCGGUUCUGUCCCCGAAGGCAGGGAACUUCCCCCAGAUCCGGGCGCAUGGGGUGCCAUGGUUGCGAUCAGGGGGCUGUUGUCUGCCAUGUAGGUUGUAAGUUGCUCAAGACCUUCCAUGUUGGGUCGGCGGAUUGUGUACCCGAGAUAAUUAUUUGAGGUCCGAAAUUCAAAUUGUGCGGGAGUGCGGGUCAUGUGCGUGCGCUACUUCCCUUCCGAGGGGAUUCUAUGUAGGUUUCGCUAGGAGUGACUGGUGUUUCCUUCCUUAAAAAAUGCCUACGGAGAAUAUAAUAGGUUCGACACGACUCCUGGCGCUCUUUGGGAGAUGAGUCUUCCUUCAAAUGCUGCAACCAGGCUUGUAUUUGUCUUUUUCUAUCACUAAAUGGGCCGGUGUCCAUAGAAAAAUGUGGUGAUCAACUCAUAGGUGGGUGUCCUGGACCCCGUACUUCCAGGAGGAGUCUUCCAGGAGGAUCCCGACCUGAAUUGUACAUACAGUCGACAAUUUGUCUACUACUAGUACCAUGAAGCAUCCC